AUGACUGGAGUCUUUGACAGUUUGGUGGCUGACAUGCACUCGACCCAGAUCACGGCCUCCAGCACGUUCCACCAGCCCCAGCAGCCCCCGAGCGGAGGCGGCGCGGGCCCCGGCAGCAGCCUCCACAAGCCCCAGGAGUCGCCGACCCUCCCGGUGUCCACAGCCACCGACAGCAGCUACUACACCAACCAGCAGCACCCGGCGGGCGGCGGCGGCGGCGGGGGCUCGCCCUACCCGAACAUGGGCUCCUACCAGUACCACGCCAGCGGCCUCAGCGGCGUCCCGUAUUCCACCAAGAGUGGCUACGACCUGGGCUACACCGCAGCCUACACCUCCUACGCGCCCUACGGGACCAGCUCGUCCCCCGCCAACAACGAACCUGAGAAAGAGGACCUCGAACCUGAAAUUCGGAUCGUGAACGGGAAGCCAAAGAAAGUCCGGAAACCCCGCACCAUCUACUCCAGUUUCCAGCUGGCGGCUCUUCAGCGGCGGUUCCAAAAGACGCAAUACCUGGCGCUGCCCGAGCGCGCGGAGCUGGCCGCGUCCCUGGGCCUCACCCAGACUCAGGUCAAAAUCUGGUUCCAGAACCGCCGGUCCAAGUUCAAGAAGAUGUGGAAAAGCGGGGAGAUCCCCUCGGAGCAGCACCCGGGGGCCAGCGCCUCGCCCCCUUGCGCUUCGCCGCCGGUCUCGGCGCCGGCCUCCUGGGACUUCGGGGCGCCGCAGCGGGUCGGGGGCGGCGGCGGCGGCGGCGGCGCGGGCAGCUCGGGCUCCAGCCCCAGCAGCGCGGCCUCGGCCUUCCUGGGCAACUACCCGUGGUACCCCCAGGCCUCGGGCUCGGCCUCCCACCUGCAGGCCGCGGCGCCGCUGCUGCACCCCACACAGACCCCGCAGCCACACCACCACCAUCACCACCACCACCACCACCACCACCACCAAGGCGGCGGGGGCGCCCCGGUGAGCGCCGGGACGAUUUUCUAA